UCACAAUAAACAUUAUUUGUGUAGCCAUCGUGUAUAAUAGUGAAGAAGCUGGGCGAUGCUAGCGACUGCGACUCUGCAGCACAACCUGGCGGCUUUACAAGCUCAGUUAGCGACGCUGCAGCAGGAGAACAGCGCACUGACCCGCGACUUAUGUCUGAAGGAGAACUACAUCCAGCUGAAGGAUCAGCAGUUCCGCGUAAUGCAGCGGCGUCUGGAGGAGCUGGAGGGGGCCGUGGCGCAGUGGAAGGACCGAUGGUUGCAGCAGGUGAACGCUCAGCAGGCCACGAGCACCAGCGGGGAUAAUAAUGAGGACAUAACUGGAGGACAGACGGACAGACUGGAGGACGCCAAGUGGACAUCCUGGAAAUGCAAACCUGGAACAGCCAACCGCGCGAAGGCGUUGGCCCAAGCAAGCGCCAAACUGGAGAAACUCUCGCAGGUAGACAGGAACAAACUGCAGCCACUACUGGGGGCUAUUGAACAGGGCGGGGUCGGGGCCGUAGAGGACCUCGUAUUCGCUGACGUGUCGGAGGAACUCAGCCGCAUCCUUCUGCUCUACCUGUUGCCGGCUCUGCUGGACGCGAUGGACGGCGCACAGCAACUACAGUGUUUCAGUCGCACGUACCGCAAACAGACGAUGGACUUUAGAGUCUGUACGCGGCAGGCAGCGGAGGCGACGGCGGUGUCUGGUGAGGAACUCGCCGCGUCGGCCGUGUCGGCGCCGUCCACGGCGGACAAGCUGCCGACAUCAGCGCCGUCCGGUUCUUCGGCUGAUACAAGUGGAGAACCACUCGUUCCAAUAGCUCAACCAGCACCAGAGACAGAGGAAUCCGAGGCGCCGCAUCUGUUCGACUGUGUGGAGCUGGACCGGCGUGGGGCUGCACGCAACCCCGUGCCGCACGGUCCGCGCGAGCUGCACGCGACCAAGGCCAUGUUCAUCUCCCGUCCUCUUAGUGGAUCAGCAGCAGCUCGAGCUGCGGUUCCUCCUCUGGAUAAACUGGUGGAUAAAUCUCUUGACAAGGCAUCACGGCGCUACACGCUGACACCGAAGCGUUCAGGGCCAACGUUUGCAGUAGAGACGACACGUACACAUACGAUGACGAUGGGUGCGCUGCCGUCACCUGCUCAGUCUCCCUCCUCGAUGGGCAUACUUCCUUUAGGCUCAGAUGGAGAGGUAAUCCCGAUGCCUCCGCGUGAGAGAGAAGGCAAAGACGGCAAGAUCAAGAAGAUCGUGGGCAGCGUAUUCGACCGUCUGAGUCGUCACAAGUCGCAGCAGUCGCUGGUAUCCUCUGCAGCCACCAGCUCGUCCUCACAUGCCUCGCCGGUGCCCUUGAGUGGAUCAACGGAAGUGGCCGGGGACGACGACGAAUCGAUCUGCGACGGCUGUGGACGCGGGCCGCUUGUAGGAGUCAAGUGGGUGUGUCGGACGUGCCGGUUGCUAGGCGGUGAAGAGUACGAGUUGUGCGAGAAAUGCUACGGCCAAGGAAUCCACGGCAAGGAGCACGAGGACGCGCUGUUCGCCCGUGUCGAGGCCAUCGUCGUGCGGAAAUGCCCUCGACUCGCGAGUGAGACGGAGCUGCUGCAUCUACUGCGAGUGGGUAUUUGCAAGGCCAACCUCAAGAAGUUCAGCUUCUGCCUCACUUGGAUUGCAGACCUGUUGCAGUGUAAUCGCACGACGGAUUUGCGUGCGAGGGCAUUGGAGAUCGCGCAUAUCCCGCCGACUGUCCGCAGCGAGUUUGCGCGACUGCUACGCGAGCUUCUAACGCGGUAUCGACCGGAUAUUGAGCUGAAGACGGAAUGGGAACCGGCAGCCGGCGCGCAGCACAGCGCUGUCGGUCCUGGAACGCCAGCAAUGCGAGGCGAAGGAGCGCCGGACGAGCUGGACACGCUGCGAAUUUGGGUGAAAGACGCGUCUGUGGUGUCGUCGGGAGCCACAAGCAUCGGAACACCAGCGAUAUGUUAACUGGCGGCAUGAGGAUAAUAAACUAACCAUUAUAUAUUUUCGUUGUGGGUUGUGUAAGACUGCAGUAGUGUUGUAAGACCAGCGAACAAUACAACAGCAGUGACAGCAGCGUAUAUUCCGGCCCAGUGUUGACGCGGGUGCUGUACGUUGCUGUAGUGUUCGUAUGGAUGCCCGU